ACCAUCGUUUCGCAAAUGUGCAGGCACCAUGGGGCUAAUUAAACGGCAUGCAGUGUUGACAAUGCAAUGCCGUUUUAUUGUACUCAAACGACGCGUUUUUGUAGUAUCGAAAGAGCUUCGAGCUUCAGGAGACUUUUACCGCUUUUCAGUCGCUUCUCUCGCUCUCCCACUCCUCUGACUCACAAAUUUUUGCAAGGAAACAAACAGCAGUGCAGGACGCUAGGGUUUCGGAGGCGAGAGUUAAGAAAGAAUUUGAGGGAAGGAAGGGCGGAAGGUCUAUUUCCGGCGAGAAUCCGGCCGCCAAGUCAGCUAUGCUUACGAUUCAAAAGAUGGAUGAGACGAUGAAGCAAUUUCAGGAAAACUUGGUUGAGCUUGAAAUCGAAGCUGAGCACCUCCUUUUAGCCCGGCAUCAGGUGAUUGAAAAUGAUAAAAUGAGAAAUGGGAAUAGGGAAGCGCUUACUGCACUGAGGAAGAGGGCUCGGACAACCAAAACCAGUAUUCCUUCUCCUUUUGAGUCAAUGAUGAAGGAUAUUGGGAGGUCUGCAUCAAGGCCAUUGGUUAGCGAGGUAUGUGCAACCUGUGGCAAUCACAAUUCAGAUGAGGGCACAUGGAUGAUCUUCCAAGGAACUGAUGUCUUUGCUAGUAUACCAUUUCAUGCUGCUCACACUAUUUUGGAAGCAGAUCAAGCACGACUUGACUAUGAGGCUAACAAACUACAAAGCUAUGUAAAGGAGAAGUCUUUUUUUAUUUCAGAAAAGGGUGCCCUUGCUGACAAAAUUAGUCCUGGUGUGCUCAGAUCUCUGGUAACGUUAACAGAUAAACCAAAAGAACAGGAUUGAGCUUCAUUUUAUCAUUCAGCCCACCAUUUGGAGCAUUCACAUUCUACUGCUGUAAGAUAACUGUGUGGCAACUUCUAGAAUUGCUUCCUUCUGAAUGUUUAUCUCAUUGUGCUACCAAUUGCAGUAUUCUUCUAAACAUAUGAACUUCCAAUGAGGAACAAGUUAUGGAUGUGUGCAUUUUGUAUGUCUUUAACUUAUUUUUUGGUUCUACUUUGAGAGGCUAGUCAAAUAAAUACAAGCAUCUUAUGUCAUUAAUUGCAUA